ACCGCGCACAUGAUCAAGACGCUCCAUACCUCCAAGGAAGUCGUCGAGCACCAAUGGAACAUCCUCCUCAAGUCGGGCGUCAUCUCGUACUGCUGGAGCAUCUUCCUCUUCUGCUUUGACGGUCUUGGUUCGUUCCCGAUCUUUGGCACGAAGGCCGCGGGCUUUGGCUGGACGUUCGACUGGGCGCCGGGCACUUAUGCCAUUGCGCUCAUGCUUCCGUUCCGCAUCAUGUACUCGAUCUUCAUCGGCAACAUCGUCGCGUCCGCCAUCAUGACGCCGUACCUCAAGGCGUACAAGCUCCACGACUGGUUCGAGACCAAGGACGUCACGGGUCUCAAGGGCUACUACACGUUCACGGCCGUCUCGAUCAUCUGCGUCGACGCGCUGUACAGCAUUGUCAACAUUGGUAUCAUCCUCGCCAAGUCGUGGAUGAACAAGAAGACGCCCGAGACGACCGAAGCGCAAGAUCCCAAGACGUCGGGCGCCAACUCGAUCACGGAGACGCAGCGCCAGGCGUACCUCGACAAGAUCUUCGACUCGGUGCACAUCCCGGCCUGGCUCUGGCUGAGCGGCCUCCUUAUCUUUGCCGCUGUCUCGGUCGUCGUCAUCUCGCUCGUCUUUGAAGAGGUCCACUGGGUGUCGGUAUGA